AUGCUGCGACGGCAUCGCGUUGGCGAUGAUUCGGGAGCGGAGCCGGAGCAGGAUGCGAAGGCGGAAGGAAGCGACCCCAAGAGCGCCGAGCUCUCACUAGCUGCUCCGACGUCGCCAAGACCCACAACUCCAGACCCACACAGCUCUGCUGCUGCAGCUGAUCCGUCGACUCAAGCCCAGCGCGACGAGAAAAUCAAGCGCAUUGCAAGGAACCCGGUGCCGUUUGGGAGCUUGGUGGAAGCGUCCAGCUAUGCAGUGUUCCUCAUCCUGUUCAUCUUGGCUACUACCGUAGUGGAGGAGAACACACAGGCCUUCUACUUCGCCAAUCGACUCAAGACGGCUCUAGUCGACCAAUCUUUCACGGUUCCGACAGUCGCCACUACGUCUUCAACAACCACAGCAACUACUGAUAGCGAUACUUCUUCACUGCCAACCAGUUUUACGGCGAUCCGUGACCAAGCGCAGAUGUGGGCGUUCCUUCAGGGGCCUUUCGCCGAUGUCGUCUACGGAUCAAAGGAGGAGACAAAUGAUGAGACGUCUACGGCUACGUCGUCCGAAGCUGGCAGCGUAGUAUCGAGCUCGAAUCGCCUGCUUGGUGGCGUCCGAUUGAGGACGCUACGCGUAAAAGCUGGAUCGUGCCCAUCGCUCAGCCAAAUCCCCGAGUACGAGAUGAUCGUCCCGUUCUGCUAUGGAAAAUUCGAUAGCAGCGUCGAAGAGAAACAGGGGUACGGUCUCAUUCUCAACAGCGCAGACAUCGUUGCGUCGAUCAGCUACGCUACGGCGCGAUUGUUUUUCACGGAUCUCGAGACAAGCGGCGUUACGAAAGCCUACACACACUUGCAAACGUGCUAUUCGGACUGCGAACGUGUAUGUGGAGAGGCGUUUGGCGUGGAUAAAUUUCGCUACACAUCGCAGUGUACAGCACAAUGCGUGGUACAAUGUGCGUGCAUUUACGAGGAGCCCGUGGGGGUUAAACUGUGUGCCGACCCGAAUCCAAACGGUGAAGGGAAAGCGGCUCCAUCAGCCGUACACGCAUAUAAUUGGAGUAGCGCCAAGGUCACAGAGGCGCAGACAGUUCGGGGAUAUACCGAUGUGUCGUUUCCAGGGUCCGGUUACGUCGUGGAUCUCGGGUUAAAUGGAACUCUGUCGCGCGAGAGAUUAGCGGAGCUCAGGGUUGACCGGUAUUUAGACCUCCCAACACGCGCGUUGAUCGUGGACUUUACGGUUUACAACGCGUACCUCCAGCUUUUCAACAUCGUGGAGAUUGUGGUCGAGUUUCCUGCAUCGGGCGGGGCUUUCGUGCAGCUUUCGGAUGCAGUUUUACGACUAUUCCGGUACUCGUCAGCCAGCACCGGACGCAUUACACUGGAGGGCUUCUUGGUGUUUUACAUUUUGAUCCAGUGGUGGCGCAUGGUGAAGGAUAUGCAUCGAGAUGGCGUCAAAGGAUACUUGACUGCGUCGCUGUGGAACAUCCUAACAGUGCUGCAUCUCGUUGUCUUCGCGGUUACGAUCGCCGUUCGGCUCUACACCAUCGAUUUGGCCUAUGGCACUAUGAGCGGCAAGGCGUCGAAAGCGAUCACCUCGGCAACGCUGGAAGAAAUCCCGAAUUUGCAAGGGCUGGCGACGGUGCUGUAUGCUGAAAGUGUCAUUGAGAGCAUCAACGCUGCUCUGGUCUGGGCGAAGCUCUUGCAAUACACGACUAUCUCUAAGCGCAUGAGCCUCCUAUUGCGUAUGCUGGGCCGAGCUGCUCGCGAUCUGGCGUGGUUUUUCGUGUGCUUCUUGGUGUGCAUUUGCGCGUUCGCUCAGAUCGGAUUGCUGCUGUUUGGACUGGACGUGCGUGGCUUCAGCUCGCUUGGACUAGCGAUUGUGACGCUGCUUCAGGCUGUAGCGGGAGAGCUGGACUACGCUGGCAUGGCGGACUCUCAUCGCGUUGCUGGACCCGUCUUCUACAUUUUGUACUAUCUGCUGCUGCUUCUCAUCUUGGUGAACGUCUUCCUCGCCAUCCUCAACGACGCGUACAUGCAGACGAUCACGGAGCAGGAAGAAGAAGACGAAGAGCUAGCGACAGCCGCGCACAACCACGCCAUGGGCUGGGAUGAAUCUGGAGACGUGGUUAACGCUAACGCAGACAUCUCUCCGAGCGAGGAGCGAGCACUUCAAGCUGCGCGACGCGAGAUGGAGCAGCUACGGAAGUACCCGUUCUCGAAAGGCUUGACCACAGCGUGUAGGCUCCUCGUGGCCGAUGUGAAGCGCGUCGUGUCCGAGAUUCGCAAUGGGAACAACGGAGUCAACCUCACCAAGGUCGACCCUCUCAUCAUGCUGUCACCUAGAACUGGCAGCCAGUGGCCACUGCCAGGCGAAACAGCAUCUCGGAAGCUGACACGGCACGUCAAGCGGCAAGUAGCGAGCGAGCUGCUGGAAGCUGAAGACCGACUGCGCGUGAGCCGGCGCGUGGAGCUGCAGCAGUCGCAGAUCGAGAAUCUGCGGCACACGGUGGACGAAGACGUCGCAGCUCGACUGGAGGCUCUGGCGGAGAGCAAUCGGCUCAAGACCCAGCGGAUGCGCGACCUGGAGAAGACGCUGGGAUCCAUCGAGAAGCUCUGCCAGCAGCUCGUGAGCGACACGGCCUGCCUGCGCGUCGGCAGCGAUGAAGAGGGUGCUGGCUCGCGUCCAUCGUCACGCCCCGCUACCUCUCGGCCGUCACGCACGCCGUCUCCAGCCGUGGGCUCGAAGCGCAGCCUCUCCGCGGCAAUCCUAGCGAGCCGACAAAAGGACGCGACACGCAGAGGCGAAGAGAUAGAGGAGAUCAACUUGUAG